CUCACACCAGAGCUUCAUCCAGCCGCGUCUUUCAGAGCAGCACAUGGAACAGCUGCAGUGGACUGGGAGAGCUGUCUACAACCAAGAGCAGAUAACCAGAGAAGCAUGGAAACAGAUGAGGCACAAGAUAUGACUCAAAUGUCAGGAAACCAAAGCCCUGCUCUCAGUGAUGGUUUGGAUGAUACUGAUGAACCUAUGCCUGUUCCUGAAGAUCUCUCGACUAGUGCUACAUCACAACACAAUUCCAAGAAUGAAAAAUCGAUUGGAGAACGUCCUUUCCAGUGUAAUCAGUGUGGUGCCUCCUUUACUCAGAAAGGCAACCUACUUCGCCAUAUCAAAUUACACUCUGGUGAAAAACCCUUUAAAUGUCACUUGUGCAACUAUGCAUGCAGACGGAGAGAUGCGCUCACUGGUCAUCUCAGGACACAUUCUGUAGGCAAACCUCACAAGUGUGGUUACUGUGGCCGCAGUUACAAGCAGAGGAGUUCUUUGGAAGAGCACAAAGAGCGGUGCCACAAUUAUCUGCAAAGUAUGGGUCUACAGAGUAAUAUUUACUCAGUAGUAAAAGAGGAGACCAGCCAAAAUGAAACAGCAGAAGACUUGUCAAAGAUUGGAUCUGAGAGAUCUCUUAUUCUGGACAGACUUGCAAGUAACGUCGCCAAACGUAAGAGCUGUAUGCCUCAGAAAUUUGUUGGUGAAAAACGAUUGUCGGAUCUCCCAUAUGAGGCUAAUGCUAGCUACGAUAAAGAAAGUGACAUGAUGCAAACUCAUGUCAUAGACCAAGCAAUCAAUAAUGCCAUUACUUAUCUGGGGGCAGAAUCACUCCGUCCUUUAGUGCAGACUCCACCAGUUGGUCCGGAUGGCGUUCCUGCAAUUAGCACUGUAUAUGGAAUGCAUAAACCCCAAGGAGAUAUAUUCUCCCAUCAAAAUCAGGCUGCUCAUGAGAGUGCGGUGGAGAAUCUUUUGCUGCUUUCUCAAGUUAAAUCUAUCCCUUCUGAAAGGGAAGUGUCACCAAGCAACAGCUGCCAAGACUCAACAGAUACUGAAAGCAACAACGAAGAUCGAGGAGGGCUUAUCUACUUGACCAACCAUAUGACUCCACAUCCAAGAAAUGGUCAUUCUUUAAAAGAACAUAGACCAUAUGAUAUGAUUAGAGCAGCCAGUGAAAAUUCACAAGAUGCUUUCAAAGUGAUUAGUGGCAGUGGUGAAUCAAUAAAGGUUCACAAGUGCGAGCAUUGCAGAGUCUUGUUUUUGGAUCAUGUGAUGUAUACCAUCCACAUGGGCUGCCAUGGCUUCCGUGAUCCAUUUGAGUGCAACAUGUGCGGCUACCAGAGUCAAGACAGAUAUGAGUUUUCUUCACACAUAACCCGAGGCGAACAUCGUUUUAACAUGGGUUAAACGUUAUUUGACCACACCACAAAAAUAUAUUCAUCAAAUGCCAAAUCCACUAUUAGCAUGAAUUUAAAAAGCACAAAUAAUGUACCUUGAACUGCAAAAUUGACCAUCUUUCUAGCUGCACCAUACAUCUGUAAUAAAGAAUCAGACUUUCUUACUGGCUACAAUAGCCAAAAUGACUUGUUUUGGGUUUUUUUUUCCCCCUUUCUUUAAUAAGGCAUGCUUUUUUAUUGUUGUCAAAUGGUGUUCCAUUUUGGAGCAUCAUAGUGUUUUUCGAAAUCUUGGAAAACUUUUGGAGCACCUUUGUAUUGACUUUGUAGGAAUCUGUUCAUCCUUAUUCAUAUUUAGCUUCUGUGCUCAAAAUAAACGGUCACACAUUGUUAAGUACUGUAACUAUACUGUAACUGUACUGCAACGAAAAAAAUAAUUCAUAGCAUACCUCCCAACAUUUGUAAAUGGACAGAAAGGGACACUUUAAUUUUACAGCUGUGAGUAUGUCCAUGGGCAGGGCUGUUCUGAGAAAUUGUAGGUGGCUUGCUAAUAACGAUUUAUGUUACUAAAUUGUAAUUUAGAACAAGAACAAUAUAUCUCAUUUACACUGACUGAUUCCUAAACACAUUUAUUGUACUUUAAAGACACCUUACUGUGAGUACUAUUGCUGUGGACACACCAUCAAUAUGGAGCUCCAAAAAAUAGGGAUAUUAGGAUACAAAAGAGGGACGGAGGUAUUUGGGGUCUAAUUAGGAGCACUUGGGAGGUAUGCACAGCCUCUAAUAAAAAAUAAUAAGCAUGAACUUAUGUCCAAACACCAAACAAAUGUAUUAAAUAUAUGUGCUCUAUUCUUCUUUUCAUUUUUAAA